AUGAACAGACUCAAACCACUAACAAAUAAAGUGCUUGGUCAUCGUACGUGGAUGAGUACAGCUGGUAUUGAACGUUCACACCGUUCUAUUCUUUUUCCAGGCCAGGGAUCACAAUAUGUCGGCAUGGGGCAAGACCUCUACAACCUUUACCCUCGAUCUGCUAAGCUCGUUUUUGACGAAGCCGAUGAAGCUCUUGGCUAUGGACUGCGAGCUAUCAUUUUUGAAGGCCAACAAGAACAACUUAAAUUGACAGAAAAUGCCCAACCCGCCAUUUUAACAACAUCUAUUGCAAUGCUGAGAGUCCUGGAAACUGAGUUUGGUUUCGAUAUCACCAAAGCUUGUAAUUAUGCAAUGGGUCACUCGUUGGGUGAAUACACUGCUCUAGUGGCCACAAAAUCUAUGUCCUUGUCGGAUGCAGUACGAUUAGUUCGCCUUAGAGGCAAGGCAAUGACAAAGGCUGUUGCAGAUAAGGAAGGAAAAACAGCUAUGUCAGCUUUAGUAGUGAGGAAGGGAAAACUGGAUGAAUUGAUUAAAACCAUAGAAGAGAUUAAGAAAACAGAAUUGCCUCAGAAAGAACUUGUAUCCAUUGCGAACAUAAACAGUUCAUUUCAAGUUGUUAUCAGCGGUACGUCUCAAGGAGUUGAUCAAGCUUCGAGGAUUUUGCAACAGAAAAAGCUCGCAGCUCGUGCAGUCGAUUUACCAGUAUCAGCACCUUUUCACUGUGAUCUUAUGAAAGAAGCAGCAGACGUUAUGAAGGACGCGUUACAAAAGAUAAGCAUUGGAUUGCCUUGUGUGAAAGUUGUAUCGAAUGUUACUGCUAAACCAUAUAUAGAUGCGGAGGAAAUACGAAAAAGAUUAUUUGAGCAAGUGGUUGCGCCUGUAGAAUGGGAACGUAGCAUAAAAUACUGUAAACGACAGGAUGUGGAUGACUUUUUAUGUUUUGGACCCGGUAAGGUCUUAGCAAAUUUACUAAAGAAAGAGUAUCCUUUAGAUAGAAUAAGAACAAUUACAAGCGCCGAUGACAUUUUACAAUUUCUUCACAAUAUGCUUCGUCCCGUUUUCCUAAGUUUACGCUUUAGUACAAGAAGGAUCACUGCAGUUACGAGAAGGAUGAAUAAAGUGGAAAUAGAAGCAAUGACAAUGAAAACAAGUUCCAUUGUAACACCAACAGUAUCUAUUAUGGAGACAACUCAAACAGUAAAUGAUGUAAAGAUUGAAGAAACAGCAGAUGAUAAUGCCAUAAAUCCCAUAGCGAAAACAAUUGAUGCUGUGGAAGUAGAAGAAAUAGUUGAUCCUGAGAAAUAUAGAUACGUCCAUGACAAUCCACGUUUGUUUAAAGGAAGAUUAGGAUAUGCAUGCGUUAAUACUUAUUUGAGAAAGCAGAAGCCCUCAGUAUUCUGCGCAAGAACUUGUAGACUAGAUACUGCUUUGAAGAAAGGCAAUGAAUAUGUCAGAGAGCUGGCACUCGCAAAUAUUGCUGAUCUUAAAACUAUGAUUCAGUGGAAUGAAGACCACAAUAUAAAGUUCAUGCGUAUGUCAAGUGAUAUGUUCCCUUUCGCAAGUCAUGAAAAAGUGGGAUAUGAAAUCGAUUUCGCAGCAAAAGAAUUAGCUGAUGUGGGAAAUUUAGCCAAGAAAUAUAAUCAUAGAUUGACAAUGCAUCCAGGACAAUAUAACCAAUUAGUAUCGCGAAAUCCUACAGUUGUAGAGAAUACCAUUCGCGAACUACACUAUCAUGCGCACAUGAUGGAUUUAAUGGGAUUGGAUCAAGACUCAGUGAUGAUUAUCCAUAUGGGGGGUGUUUAUGGCGAUAAGAAUGCUUCUCUUUCGCGUUUCGAAAAUGUUUAUGAAACGUUGCCAGAUCAUAUCAAAAGGCGGCUUGUAUUGGAAAAUGAUGAACUAGGCUAUUCUGUGUCGGAUUUGCUACCUAUUUGCCAAAAACUAAAAAUACCCCUUGUUUUAGAUUGGCACCAUCAUUAUAUUAAUCCAGGUACAAUAACAGAUCUUCCAGCACUUCUGUCUGAAAUUCACCGAAUAUGGUACGAUAAGGGUAUAAACCCCAAGGAGCAUUACUCAGAAUCCAGAAAGGGUGCUGUAACGCUGAUGGAAAAAAGAGCCCACAGUGAUCGUGUCCAGAACUUACCACCCACUACUGAUGAUGUUGAUCUUAUGAUAGAAGCCAAAGAUAAAGAACAAGCUGUAUUUCAUUUGUAUAAGACAUAUGGUUUGGGAACAGUUGAUGAUGAGGUUUGGAUACCGCAGACUGGAAUUGAAUCUAAGCAGACAAAGGGACGUAAAAGUAUAAGAUCAAGAAAGAGAAAAGCGGCAGACGAUGACGGAAGUAUCGAGGAUGAAGAAGCAGUUGCCGAAGUGACAGAAACACGCAGAACAACUAGACGAUCCGCUGCUGCUGCUGCUGCUGCGCAAAAGCUCAAGAUGAAAGAAGAAGAGGUAAAUGAAGUACAACAAAGUCAACAGAAAAAAAGAGUCUCUAGGAAAAAGACAAAGAAUUCCGAAAGAACUGAAAUGCCAGCAGUUGUUGAUGCGAAGAAUAAUUUGACUGAUGAUAAGGCUGUAAAGAGAACAAAGAAACCGAAGGCUACGCAUAAAAAAAAGAAAACUGGUGGUAAAGUUGAAGAAAUUGUCGUAAAAGAAAAUAAUACAGAGAAGCCUAAGACGAAGAUAUCACGCAAAAAGAAGGCAACUAAAAACAAUGAAGUGUCAAUGGGCAGUAUCGAGGAAUUCAACAGCGCUGGUUCAAACAUGACAUCAAGCGAGUGA